CUUUUCCCUGUUUGUAAAUGAAUACGGGCCCCAAACUGGGCCAGCAGCUAAAUUAGAGUCUUUAAAGUGAGUAUCAUCUUAAGUAUAACCCCCAGAUCUGCACUUGCUCCUGUCUCUUUCUGCCUUACCCCCCAACACUGCGCACAGCCAUGUCUCACCGUAAGUUCCACGCCCCCCGGCAUGGUCACAUGGGCUUCCUGCCCCACAAGCGGAGCCGCAAGCACCGAGGGAGGGUGCGCAGCUGGCCCAAAGACGAGCCCUCCCAGCCUGUGCACCUCACCGCCUUCAUGGGGUACAAGGCCGGCAUGACCCACACCCUGCGCGAGAUGCACCGCACCGCCAUGAAGGUGUCGAAAAGAGAGGAGGUGGAGGCGGUGACCAUCAUCGAGACGCCCCCCAUCAUCGUGGUGGGGGUGGUGGGGUACAUCGAGACCAUCCGCGGCCUGCGCUCGUUUAAGACCAUCUUCGCCGAGCACAUCAGCGACGAGUGCAAACGCCGCUUCUACAAGAACUGGUAUAAGAGCAAGAAGAAGGCCUUUACCAAAUACUGUAAGAAGUGGCAGGAUGAGACAGGGAAGAAACAGCUGGAGAAGGACUUUGCCGCCAUGAAGAAGUACUGUUCUGUGAUCCGUGUCAUUGUCCACUCGCAGAUGCGUCUGUUGCCCAUGAAGCAGAAGAAGGCCCACGUGAUGGAGGUGCAGCUGAAUGGUGGCAGUGUGGCGGAGAAGGUGGACUGGGUCAGAGAGAGGCUGGAACAGCCUGUCCCCGUCACCAGCGUCUUCUCCCAGGACGAGAUGAUCGACAUCAUCGGAGUCACCAAGGGCCACGGCAUGAAAGGGGUGACCAGUCGCUGGCACACUAAGAAGCUGCCUAGGAAGACACACAAGGGCCUGCGGAAAGUGGCCUGUAUCGGAGCCUGGCACCCUGCCCGGGUGGGCUACACCAUUGCCCGCGCUGGCCAGAAGGGCUACAACCACCGCACUGAGAUCAACAAGAAGAUCUAUCGCAUAGGGAAAGGGGUCCAUGUUCAGGACGGCAAAGUGAUCCGCAACAAUGCCUCCACCCACUACGACACAACACAGAAGACCAUCAACCCCAUGGGUGGCUUUCCUCAAUACGGCGAGGUAAACAAUGACUUUAUCAUGCUGAAGGGGGGUGUCAUGGGCACUAGGAAACGCGUCAUCACCCUCAGGAAGUCCCUGAUUACGCACACCAGCCGCAAGUCCAGGGAGACCAUCGAGCUGAAGUUCAUCGACACCACCUCCAAGUUUGGCCAUGGCCGCUUCCAGACUGCCCAGGAGAAACUGGCCUUCAUGGGCCCCCUGAAGAAGGAUCGCCUGAAGAAAGUGGCAGAAGCUCAAUCUGAGGAGGUUUAGAGGGGCCAGGGGUCCCCCAGAAAUAAAGAGUGUCCACAAUAUAAAAUAAAAAAUCUGUGUUAUACAAAAUAAUAAAUAUCCCUUUACCUCAACAA